AUGGCUAAUCAUGGUUUAAGUAGAGGUCGGCAACAACAUCAACCACCACCUCUAUCAACUCCAAUGUAUAAGACGCAACGAUCUUUGUCAGUUGAUAAUGAAUUAAAACGAGAACCUGCACCACAAUCAGUAGUUCGAAGAGAAGUUAAACUAUCUACAACAAUGAAUGAAGACUUUACAUCAGCACCGAAGAGAAGAAGUAGAGUCACUGAAUUAAGACAAAAAUUUGAGAACUUGAAUUCAACUGACAAUACGGCCCGAGGAACUAUUAGCCGUUUACCAUCAUCAAUCCCUGGUCGUAUUACUAUUGCUGAACCUUCAAACUUAAUUUCUUCAUCAACAUUUAAACAAAACAGAAUCACUUCGAGAACUCCAUCGAAACAUCAAUCAGCAAUAUUGCCAAUCCAGGAAGGUAUACAUAUUACUUCCGAGUCAAAUAACUGUCAGGAUCCCAAAACAGAACAUUCUGAUGAUGGUUUAUCAUCUAAUCCUAAAGAUUGCAAUGUUAUUAAGCCAACAAUUUCACUUAAACGAUAUGAAGAAGUAUAUGAAACUGAACUAACUUUCAUUAAAAAACUUCAAGUGUUUUCAUAUGUACUUCCUGGAAUACUUGAAGGAAAGCGUACAACAAAUGACAAAGUUGUUCCAAGUUUUAUAAAUAUAUAUGAACCUUUACAAUUAAUAUUAGAAAAGUUAUAUUUAUUUCAUAGUCAAAUGAUUUUACCGCAUAUGGAAGACUAUAAAACAGGUAAACGUACAGAUAAUAUGUGGACAAUUGUGAAAGAUCAAUUCUUAAAUAUUGAAAAAUUAUAUACGGAAUAUUUUAUAACCUAUGCUGGUAUUCAAGCUGAAUUAAAAAAGUUAUGUGAAGAUUCUUCAUUAUUAAAAACAGCGAUGCUUGAAUGUCAAACUCAUCUUGGAAAUUUAUAUCCAAUUGAUGAACUCAAUUGUGCUAAUCUACGUUUAGUACGUUACAUUCUUCUCAUGGAAAAUCAUAUAAAACAUUUGGGUGAGAAUUCUUCUGAGGGUGAUCAUCUACGUUCUAUACAUCGUGAACUUACUCAUAUUGCUUUACGAUGUGAAGAUAAACUAUUCAUUAGUCCAACACAAGUGAAUAAAUUAAAAACACGACUUGGUAGUAAAUCAGAACACUUUACAGAUGAACAACUUAUUUGGCAUGGUUCAUUAAAAAGACGAUCUUCGUAUAAAUAUAAUGGCAUUGAUCAAUUAUAUGUUAUAUUGUUAUCACAUUGUAUAUUAGUCUGCAAAGAAUCUGGAGAUAAACUCGAAUUAAAACGACAGCUUUUGAUAAAAAAUGUCACAAUUGAUAGUAUUAAAAAUGAACAAUCAGUAUUAUCUUCAUUUAAUUCAAAAAAUGCAAGACAAUACGGCAAUAUACUUUUUCUUUUUCGAGUUCAUACGAUUGAAAAAUCAUAUGAAUUCUUUGUUAAUAAAGAACAAGAUCGACAAAAAUGGAUAGAUAAAAUAAAACAAGCCAUCGAUGAAUUUACAAAACGAACUUCCAACACGAAAGUUCAAUGUCUUGAUAAACCAGGAUUGGAUACCCGUGCAACUACAGCGGUUAAUGAUAAUAAUAUAACGCGUUGUCAGAUUUGUAAUAAUCGUGUGAUAAAAAAACUAAUUCCUCCUGAACAAUAUUGUCAUUCAUGCGGUCGUUGUAUAUGUGAUUUAUGUGCAAAAAAUGAAUUAUUACUUCAACUUUGCCAUAAGAAGGACGGAGUUCAUGCUUGUAGUACAUAUUUCACUGGUAUAACUAAAAAUUCUAUUCCAAUUACAAAAUUACCACGUGAUCCUAAUAAAUCAAUUUUAUUUGGUGAUUUUUAUUAUGCUUCUUUACGUUCAAUGAUAUGGAUUGAUUUACAAGAGGAUCAUCAUUUACAUAUUUAUACAACAAAAUUAGAUCAAAUGAAAAAUUUCUCGAUUAAUCUUCCUGACCUUCGCGAAAUAUCAUUCAAUAAAGAAACACAAACAUUUAUAUUGAAUACCAAUAAAUUCACAUACGAAUUUACUAUAAAAUUAAAUCAUGAACUUAUUCUUCAAGAUGAUGAAUAUAUUAAUAAGAAUAUGAAAAAUAUAACUAAUAAAUUAUUAUUUUAUUCUGAUCUAUGGCAUAAUUCAAUGGAAUUAGCCCGUUUAAAAACAAUACCUUCAUGGUAUACACGAAAACGUGAUUCAGCUGACAGUGGUAUCAGUGCUAUUUAA